AUGGAGCCACUAAUACGCAAUGUCUGGCAUUCAAAUUUUGAGGGAGAGAUGUUUUCCAUGGAAAGCAUCAUACACAACAAUAAUCUGAUUUCAUUUGACACUGAAUUUCCUAGAUUUCUGCCCAACACACUGAGAAAUGCAUCGAAAACGGAUAGAUACGAAGAUAUUAAGUUCAAUGUCGAUAGCUUGAAACCAAUACAGUUUGGUCUCAUGUUCACUGAUCCCUACGGUAAUCUCCCACACUCUGGUGGUGUUUGGAAAUUUAAUUUUGAUGAUUUUGAUCCCGCCAUCAACCUUCACAUGACUGCAUCUGUUGAGUUAUUACUUCGGAAUGGUAUUGAUUUGGAAAAGAACAAGAGAGGAGUUGAUAUUAAAUCAUUUUCAGCUCAGUUCAGAAACAUCAUAAGGUAUGAAGGACAUAGGAUUCAAUGGCUCACAUUUCAUGGGGUUUAUGAUAUUACUUAUUUCAUCAAGGUCUUGAAUGCAAAUAAACUGAUGUCGGGAACUCUUCAAGAGUUCAUGACUAUGGUUGGAUCCAUCUUUCCUUGGCUUUAUGACUUGAAAUUUAUAGCCAAGUUCUGUCAUGGGUUGUUAGGUGGAGCGUUGGGUUUGAAACGUCUAGCUAAGAUACUCAAAGUGAAGCGGGUUGGGGAGACUCAUCAAAUGGGUUUUGAUAGGUUGAUCAUGAGCAAUGUAUUUUCAAAGAUGAAAAAAGUUUAUUAUGAAGGUUAUCUCUAUAGUAUUAGCUUUAGAAAGAAAAGGUGGCUUGUGCCACCACGACCCCACUUCAUCACUAUAGUUUCAAAUGGAUAUUACCAUGGACGACCUUCCUUUGGGACAAUCAGUAGUCCACUUAGGUGGUCUCAUUGUCAUGCAUUAGUUCCUACUGUUCAUGUUCUACAUUGUCAAUGGAGUAUGCACCAUGCAAAUGUAAUCUAA